AUGUUUUCGUCUCUGAAACAUCUUAGUAAACCCACUUCAGACGUAACUAGUCGAUUUAUGUCCUCUCAAGUAAAAACCGCUGUCGUCAUGUUAAACAUGGGUGGGCCGCAACAUGUAGACCAAGUGCAUGGCUAUUUACAUCGUAUAAUGACCGAUCGAGACAUGAUGCAGUUACCUUUUCAAAACACUUUAGGACCAUACAUUGCGAGGAGAAGGACUUCAGAAGUACAGAAAAAGUAUGCUGAAAUUGGUGGCGGAUCACCAAUUUUAAAAUGGACCAAUAUUCAAGGAAAAUUAAUGUGUGAAAAAUUAGACAAAAUAUCGCCUAGUACUGCUCCACAUAAACAUUAUGUUGCAUUUAGAUAUGUUGAUCCAUUAACUGAAACUACUUUUGAACAAGUACAAAAAGAUGGUGCUGAAAGAGUUGUGUUAUUUUCACAAUAUCCUCAAUACAGUUGUGCUACUAGUGGUUCAAGUUUUAAUGCCAUUUAUUCACAUUUCCAAAACAAAAAAUUUCCAGAAAAUUUAAAGAUGAGCAUAAUUGAUCGAUGGGCCACACACCCAUUGUUAAUUAAGGCUAUUGGUUCAAGAAUUUCAGAUGAAAUCAAGAAAUUUCCUGAAAGUGAUAGAAAUGAUGUUGUUGUCUUAUUUUCAGCUCAUUCUUUGCCUUUAAAGGCUGUUAACAGAGGAGACGCUUAUCCUUCAGAGGUAAGCUCAACAGUGCAUGCAGUGAUGGAAGAACUAGGCUAUGCUUAUCCUUAUGCAUUAGUUUGGCAGUCAAAAGUUGGUCCAUUGCCUUGGUUGGGACCAUUUACCGACGAUGCAUUAAAAGGUUACGUGAAGCAAGGCAAAAAGAAUUUUAUUUUAGUACCUAUUGCAUUUGUUAAUGAACAUAUUGAAACAUUACAUGAACUUGAUAUUGAAUAUUGUAAAGAACUUGGAGAAGAACUAGGAGUCAAAAAUAUCCGUAGAGCUGCUGCACCUAAUGACCACUCUUUGUUUAUUGAUGCUAUUGCUGAUAUAGUGUCGCAACAUCUCCGAGAAAACAAACCUGUUAGUCCAAAAUUUCUUUUAAGAUGCGCACAUUGUAUUAGUUCUCGUUGUUAUGAAUCAAAACAGUGGUUUUCAAGUGUCUGCAAGUCUAAAUAAUACAGUUGAGGUAUAAAUGGUACAACUGUAUUGAAGUAUAUGCAUUUAAAAUGAUGUAGUAUUAAUGGGAGAUGGAAGUUUUAAAGUUCAAUAAAAUUUAUUUACACAA